AUGCGAAUUUGCAAGCAGAUUGAUCCCGUGAUCGACAUCGUGAUCAUCGGUUUUGGCGUGCGGAGCCAGCUGUUCGUCGAUAAGUUCCUUCGGAAAAAUGAGCUCAAAGGAGUAAACAUAAUAAUCAUCUGCAAAGACAACUUUGUGUUUUUAGAUCCCUACGUACAAUGUGAGGAGGCCUGCAGAGAGAGCUACACGGAUGUGUAUAAUUUUUGCAAAAACAGAAACAUACUUUUUAUAAAUGAAAAGGUGCAAUAUGUACACACAGAAAGUCGGAACAUCUUUUUUGCGUCUGACAGGAACCCCCUGAAUUAUGAUUUCCUCCUGUGCGACUUUGACUUUAAGAGCUCGGAUCUGUUUAGCACCGAUAUGUCUCACAUGAAUAUAUACGCUUAUCGAAAUAAGAAUUUGUUUUUUUAUCACGUGCAUGUGAUGUACCUUGCUCUGCUGCAGUCGACAAACAAGGAAGAGGACAGGACGGAUGUUCAUCUCUAUCGUCAGUGCAAAAGGGCGCUUCUGGAGGCCAUCCCUAUGAAGAGGUUCCUUAACUUCCAUUCGUACAAUGAUAGGUACGUGGAGGAGAUCUUCAGCGCUUAUGGGGAGGCCAGGCUAUUCCCUGUGGUUAGCGGUGGGGACGCAGUUAGUGGGGGGAGCGUCUUGCUAAAUGCCCCUCUGCAAGGCAACCAAGCAGACGAAGAUGCCACCCCCCGAAUCCUCCUAAUCAGUGAUAACAACCAGUUUGGGAAAUGCCUACAUUCGAAGAUGCAAAAGCAGCUACACAGAAUAAACGCGAAGGUUCAUUUAUUGUACGUUUAUGUGGCUUCUUCGAAGGACGAAAAGCUAGACCUCCCUUGCGGAGAUUACCUACUGGUUAAGCAAAUAAGGGGAGUAAAACAGGAAGGAGAAAUUAAAGAAAUAAAAUUUUUGGACAUGUAUGAUCAGGAAAUUAUAAUACGAUAUGACGAAUGCAUAAACGUCACAGGGAUGAGAUACCCUUCUUAUGUAUCAUCAUUUGGGGAGGAUGCUACGAAGUCCCUGUCGGUGAAUGCCUUUUGCCAGUGUGUAAGAGAUGACUAUCUUUAUCUCCUUAACCAAGUGAAGAACUACGAUGAUUAUGCGGUUUGCGAGACGAUCUACCUAAACAUAUACAACAAGGUGCAUGGGAAUGAGUACAUUAGCAUAGAACAUGUUAAGGCUUACAUACUGACCGGCGAUGCAGAUGAGUUGGGUGUGUCCUACUUGCUACCCCCAACACCCAACCUAUUUAAUCACACUGUAAAUUAUUCCUACCGGAUCGUAUCGUACAUAUUAAGAAGGAGCUACUCAUACAUAUCAAGGAACCGCUUCCUACAAAAUGGGGUAGUCUCCAUAAUGUACAGAAAAAGGGAAAUCGAAAAGUAUAUAAACGGGUGCAUGGUUAACGGUGGCAGGGAAGUGUUUUCCUCUCCUUCGAUAAGGACCUUUUCUUUGCCUAUUUUUAAAAGGGCUGCUCGCUAUGUUGACCUCCUCAGAGGAAGACUUUCUACGGAAGGUAGGACGAGCAUUCCCACUUAUGGGCAGAAAGAAUCACACAAUAAGGAUGAUUCAUCUGGUGUAAACUGCAGUGACAGUGGUAGCACUGCGGCGAGCAGAAGCGGAAGUAACAACAGGAACGAGGAACUACCCACCCGGAAGAAAUGUGCAUCCAGUGGAAGGUUCCAAACGGAAUGGAAAACAAGUUCCCCUCUUCCAGAAUAUAUGUACAGUGCAUAUCAAGAGGAAUAUGAAAGGAGAUUACUUGUUAGUAAAGAAACCGCCUACCGAGUGGAUCAGGAAGAAGGGGAAAAUGGAACAACCAUAACGAUAAUUGUGCAGGAUGGUAGUGUUAACAAGGAAACCACAUCCAAUUGCGACACGAAGAGAGAAAAGAUAGAUUCAUACAUUAAGGAAAGUAUCGAGAAAAUAAUUAACCGAAAUACAUGUGGAGGAUGCGGGUCGAAGGUUCCUUCAAAUGUUCUGUCCAAUUCGUUGAAAGGUUUAUCGGUGUACAGCUCACCAAAUGUGUACCUAGGAAUUGAAGCAUGUGAUGACUGUUGCAUAUUUGUGCAUAGUAAAUCUAAAAAGGGAGAAGAAAGUCCUGCACUUGUCCAAACGAUAGACUUCUUUAAAUCAUUUAUCGACGAUGAAUACAUAUUAGGGGAAAUAAUUGCUAUUCAUUGUUUAUCCGAUGUGUACAGCAUGGGGGGGACUGGCAUCUGUGCCCUGUGCGUACUGAUUGUAAAGGAUAACAUUGAGAAGAAACUACAGCAAAGGUUACAGAAUAUUUUAACUGGGUGCUGCCAGAAGUUGAAAGAGGAGAAAUGUGUCUUGAGUGGAGGCCAUACCUGUGCGGGAAAUGAGAAUUACGUCGGUUUGGCAGUCACGGGGAAGGUGAAAAAGAGGCGCAUCUCCAACGUGGACGACACCACCACGGGGGAUUGCAAAGAUAAACUAUAUAAGGAGAAACGACGAAAGGGAGAGGUGAACCAGCGGGAAGUGACAACAGCUACAAGUGGUGCACUUAACCAACAACAGGGAGGUGCCCCUGUGGAAGACCUACCCCUUGUUAGCAAAGAACACAGGGACGCAUUCGAACGACACCAAAUGAUGAAGGAGAACUAUCUGUUCCUACCCAAGGGAAGCGGAAACAUAAAAGCAGGGGACAUAAUCAUUACCACGAAAAUGUUCGGUUUUGGCUUCAUCAUGGCUGCACAUAUAUGUAAAAAGGCCAAAGCUAGAUGGAUUUACAACUGCCUUGAUGAGAUGCUCCUCUCAAAUAGGAAGAGUGGGUUAUACCUUUUGCAGAAUAAUAAUGCCAAAGCUUGCACGGAUGUAACUGGGUUUGGAGUCCUAGGCCACCUUAACGAAAUGAUCAAGUGCUCUAGGAGGGAAAUUUACUUUGCUGCACAAAUGGGAAAGAAGUCCCUUCAAACUACGUCACGCAAGGAAACACUGGAAAGGAGGAACAGCAAAGUGGAUGAUGGGCAGACCGACAAUUCGAAGGAACCUCCCAUGAAUCUCAUCGGAGCAAAGAUAAACCUCAAGAAUUUCAUAGUCGCAGAAGGGGUUGAACAGUGCAUCGAAAAUAAUAUCUUCUCCUCCAUGUAUAAGAAAAAUCACUACCUCUGCAAUAACAUUAUAAAUUUGGAGGAAGCUUCACUGAGUGAAAGGUAUGGACUUUUGUUUGACCCGCAGACAAGUGGGGGUCUCAUGGCCAUUGUGGAAAGGGACAGGGCGGACCAAAUUUUAGCAGACUUAAAAAACAUGGGGUACCCCAACUGUUCUGCAGUAGGGGAAAUUAUAAAUGUGCAAGAUUAUAAGUUUAAGGGGGUGCCCAUCAGUCAGGUUUCGUUGGACGAUUAUUUGGACACGACAAAUUCGGUUUACGUCGAAUGGUAA